UGUGUAACCACCGAAGCAUGGAAAUGUCAAAUGUACUAGAUAAACGUUCCUGACAGUAUUGGAUCGAUUAUUCUUAACCAGAAGUCAAGAUGGACGAGUCUUCAAAGCAUCACAAUCCCAACCCGGUUGUCACGGCGAAUCCUAUUUCAAAACUGUUUUUCUGGUGGAUGAACCCAUUGUUCAAGAAGGGCUAUGUACGACAACUUGAGGUGGAGGACAUGUAUAAUGUGGUUGCAGAGGACCAAUCAGACAGGCUUGGAGACCAGCUUGAAAAAGAGUGGGCAAAAGAGAUUGAGAAAUCUAAUGCUGGCCGGGGCAAACCCAGUCUAUUCUGGGCACUAUUUCGGAUGUUUGGGCUCGAAUACAUGCUGUUUGGGCUUGUUCUUCUUUGCGAGGAGAUGACAAAAAUAGUCCAGCCCCUGUUGCUUGGGGGACUAAUCCGCUAUUUCACCCCCGGGUCCGAGGUAACGAAAACCGAGAGCCUCCUGUAUGCGGGCGGUAUAAGCCUGUGCGCUGUUAUCCUCGCCGUCUCACAUCACCCGUACUUCUUUGGGGUACAGAGGAUCGGGAUGAAGAUGAGAAUAGCGUGUUGUUCUCUAUUGUACAGGAAGAGUUUGCGACUUAGUAAUGAUGGCCUGGCUGGGACAACAACGGGCCAGAUUGUCAACCUCAUGUCAAAUGAUGUGAACAGAUUUGAUCAGGCUGUGAUAUUCUUACACUUCCUGUGGGUUGGUCCCCUGGAAGCAAUAGCUGUAUUAGCAAUACUGUGGAGACAGCUGGGCCCAUCCACACUUGCUGGCUUUGCUGUGUUGUUGUUGUUGGUUCCUGUCCAGGGUUAUAUGGGAAAAUUGUUUUCAAAGUUCAGACAAAAGACAGCCAAAUAUACAGAUGAACGUGUUAGAUUGAUGAAUGAAAUAAUCGCCGGAAUGCGGGUAAUAAAGAUGUACUGUUGGGAAAAACCGUUCGGUGAUCUUGUUAAGAAAGUUAGAAGAAGAGAGAUUGCACUGAUCUGGAAGAAAAAGAUCCUGUCGGCAAUUACGGCUUGUAACUGGGUUGUGGGCCCUCGGAUAAUGUACUUCGUAGUUGUUGUAACGGCUGCUCUUGUGCUUGGGCCGGGGUCGCUCAAGGCCACUGUGAUGUAUGUUGUCAUUCCCUUGUUGUUUUUCGUUACUCAAACAAUGAUGGGAUAUCUCUUCAUGACUGUCCAGACAUUGCAGGAGACUCGAAUAACAAUGGGCAGAGUUGCUGUGAGUGUAUCAGAAUGUUUUACAUAA